AUGGCUGAUUGGGAUCCGUCCCUCUAUACCGGAAUGCCUGACCGAUUGGAUAGUCCUGGGCCAAUUCCGGAAGAAUAUUCUCGACAGUACCGAUCUCUGACAAAGAACACAGUAGAAACCCAUGGGCUAGAAACCCAACCCCCUACGACAACAUGGAGUUCUGUAGCUCAAACGAGCCGGGUAGGAGCAACGUUUCUUAAUAAUCCAGAGUCCCAUUCAAUGCCUAAGCCUUCAAUUCGUCCUUGGCCAACCUCAACCACAGCGUCUGGAUCUGGUUUCUCUGGCGUGCAGGGGGCUGCAAAUGAGCACACGUACGGAAUGGCGAAUGCAACGGGACGGAGCCAGCAAGAAGCACAUCGAAUGUUGCAGCCUCCUCAACAAAGAGUAGGGACCCAGCAUGUGCAUAACAAUGGAAACCAAUAUCUCCCUAUGAGACCAUCAGCUUUCACCAGAGGACAACAGCCUGAAGUACAGCAACCAUACCAGAAUUUUCAGUUCCAAACUCAGUCACAGAUUCAAUCAGCAGCUCAAGCUCAGCAACGAAAUACUCCCCUCCAGAGUUUGCAGCCAUCUGAGUCAAGACAAAGUACUUCUGGCUCAAGAAGAGAUAGACCUUCAGUCAAGCACCUAACCUGCUGGUGGUGGAAUGAGAAGGGCCAGUGUAAAUACAGUGUGGAUGAAUGUCUCUAUGCACAUCAUAAGACAGGCAAGGUUGCUGACGCCCCAAGACAAGUGAAACCUGGAGAGCCCCCAGUAGCGGGCAGGAAGCUCGCAAGAGCCCUGCAGGAGGAGGAGGAGAGGAAGAGGGCACCAGAGCGAGAGGUGGGCUUCCUCCGAGCCCAAAAUAAAGCCCUUCGCGAGGCUUACCUCGCUCUGCGGGAGACAACCUCGCAAUCCCUCUCAACAGUCGUCACUAUGCGGCAGUCUGUCACAAGACUGUCCGCAGAGGUGGUAAACGUCGAGAGGGACCGUGCGAGGCGCGGCCAGCUUUCCGCCACGCCCAUAGGUGGCACAAAUCAAGAAGACGCGCAGAUGGCGCGCGCCCUGCGAUCCGUGGAUGACCAGGGUCUGCUUGCGGGCGUGGUGGAGGGGCAGGCGCGGGCGCGGGUGGCGCGGGUGGAGGAGACGUUGGAGGCGGUGGGGUUGGGGGAGGUUGUGGCGGAGGGGAGAAGGGGAUGGUGAGUAGAGGGGGGAGAUGUGAGGGGUUGGC